GUCGAGGGCAGACAGAACCCAUUCGCAAGUUGCUUCGCUCAUACACGUACAUAGAUAGACAAGACAAAAAUAGACCGUAGAUAUAUGUGUAUUCUCGGUGGAUUCAGAACGCGUCUUUCCACUCCUAUACCGUAUCCAAGCCCACGCACGCAACUACUUUCUUCUGCGCCUUCUUAUUCUCCGCCGCCUGUCGAGCCGCACCGCAAUAGCGGCACCGAUCCAUACCGCUCUUGACACACACACACACACACACACACAACCUUUUUUCCCCCACUUCCCGGGGAUUCAACAGGGGUGAUAGUCGUGUCUUAUUCGCAGCGCCGUUGUUGCUUCGCGGUUUCGGUCUUGUAGAUUUAACGAUGCCACCAAGGCGAGGAAGAAGCCGUCAGCCCGCGAAGGCCGAGGAGCGAGUCGGUGCGGCGCUGAAGAAAGAGCGCGUGGAGGAGGAAGAUGCAGAAGAGCAGCCGCCACAGCGACGCAGUGGGGAAGCGGAGGCGGUGCAGAAUGGUGGGGAUGCACACACCAACAACAGCCACAACGAUGCGCCGGAAGCGACCACGGGUGCUGUGGCUUCGCACACUCAUGCUGGGUCAGCGGUGAAGAGGGCAAGAAUAGAGGUGCAAGAUGCAGAAGAAGAUGAGGACGAUAAAAGCGCUAGCGAUUCCCCUCCGUCGCCAUCAGACGCGGAAUCGUUCUCCAACGCAGUAUCGGAGACAAGCGACGGAGAGGACACCGCCGCCCUCUGUCCGUCUCACCAGUCUGUAGAUCCUUCCUCCACUCGCACCAGCGGAACGGAACUGGAGCUGAUUCAAGCUGUGCCCUCCGCGUCUCCGAUCGGUUUCACCGCCCACCCGCCGCAGCGCGACGACGAUGCCGCCGCCGCCGCCGCCGCGUACGACGCCACCCCCCACACCCGCCUCGUUGUGCGCGACAUCGAUGUGGAGAACUUCAAGUCCUACUUUGGUCAGCAUCGCAUUGGCCCCUUCCACAAAACCUUCACCGCCGUGAUCGGGCCGAACGGGUCUGGCAAGUCGAAUGUGAUUGACUCGAUGUUGUUUGUGUUUGGCCGCAAUGCGAAGAAGUUGCGACUGGACAAACUGGCGGAGGUGAUUCACAACUCCGCCGCGCACCCGAACCUCUCCUACGCGUCCGUGACGGUGAACUUUAUUCGUGUGCGGGAGACCGCUGCGGAGGAGAAGGACCCGGAGCAGCGGCAGGAGGUGCCGAACAGCGAGCUGCGCAUCCGGCGCGAGGUGUACCGGAGCGGCGUCUCCCAGUACUACAUCGACGGCGCCCGCAGCACGCAGAAGGAGGUAAUGGAAUGCCUCAUCGCCCACGGCGUCGACCUCGAGCACAACCGCUUUCUCAUCCUCCAGGGCGAGGUGGAGCAGAUCGCGCUGAUGAAGCCCAAGGCGGAGAAGGAGGGCGAGGAGGGUCUGCUCGAGUACCUGGACGAUUUGAUCGGCACAAACGAGUACGUGCAGCGCAUUUCCGGCCUCACCGCGGCGGCCGAGACGGCGCAGCUGGCGCGGCUGGAGGCCCUCGAUAAGGAGCGGAAGCUGAAGGCCGAGCGCGAGGCCCUCGACGACGCGAAGAACUCCACCCUGUCUUUCGUGACCAAAGACAACCAGCUGCAGAAGACGUUGAUUGUGAUGUGCCAGCUGCGCAUGCGCGGCAUUGAGGACAAGCUGGAGGAACCCCGACGGCUGCUGCAGGAGAUCGAUGAGCGCAUCGCCGCGAUGGAGGCGGCGGUGGUGCAGAAGCGUGAGGAGAAGGCGCAGGCCGAGGAAGCCUCCGUGACGGCCAAGAGGAACGUUGCCGCAGCGCAGAAGACCCGCGACGGGGUGCGGACGAAGAAGCAAGCGGCGGAGACCCAACUGGAGCAAGUGAAGUCGGGCGCCGAUCAGGAAGAGAAGGCAAGGAAGAAAGUGCUGGAUCAACUGCGCAAGGCGAAGGAGGAGCUGCAGAGGGCCCUCCUGCACCAGCAGGACGCGGAGCGCGAGGCGGCGAUCCAUCAGCAGAACCAAGAUGAAGCGGCUGCGGCCGUUGUGUCGCUGCAGAGCGAGUACGACGCGAUGGCCGAGAAGCUCCUCCCACAGCUGCGCCCGCUGCGGCAGUCGCUUGAGGAAAAGAAGCAGCAGUUCGCGCCGUAUGAGCGGGCUGUCACGGAGGCCAAGGAGCAGCUGCGAACGGCGCAGAGCCGCCUACAGGACUUGUCCGGUACGGCGUCCCGCAAACAGCAGCAGCUGGAAGAGGUGGAAGCGUCUACCGCGCGUGGGGAGGCACGUGUGAAGGAGUUGGAGCAGCAGCUGCGUGAUGCAGACCGCAAAGACCUCCAAGAAGAGGUGCUGCGUCUGCAGGACCAAAUUGGUGAGAGUGCGCGGCGCAAGUACGCCAUCAACAACGCGAUCCAGGAGCUGAAGAACAGCUACCGAGACGGCGAGGCCGAUGACCGGGCGAUGGAGUUUCUGCUGGCGCAGCGAUCGUUGAAGGGCUACUACGGCACGCUGCGUCAGCUCGGCCGCAUCGAUGACGCCUACGACGUCGCGGCGGGUGUCGCGAGCAACGCGUGGGGCUUCCACGUCGUCGAGGAUCGCGCCACCGCGACAGCGGCGCUGGAGCUGCUGAAGCAGCACAACAUCGGCCGUGCCACGAUGAUGGUGGUGAGCGAGGUGGAGCGGGAAAUGGGCUCGCGCAUGGCGGCGCCCUUCACCUGCCCGAACGCGAAGGCGCGGCGGCUCUUUGAUCUCGUUCAGCCCACCAACUCGAAGUUUCGCUCCGUCUUCUAUCAAGCGGUGCGGGACACGUUGGUGGUCGAGACGCUCACCGAAGCUCGUGAAACUGCCUUCGGGGGCGGCGGCGGCAACAACGGUAGCAAAAGCAAUGGGGGUCCGGGGCAGCGGUAUCGUGUGGUGACGGUGAAGGGGGAAUUGGUGGAGCCGACGGGGGCAAUCACCGGCGGCGGUGCUGCCCCACGCGGGGCGAAGCUGAAGGCCGCCCGCUCGCCGCAAGACAAGCAGGCGAUCAAGGACGACCUCGAGCGGCUGCAGCACGACCUCAUCAACGCCGCCGAGGAGGAGCGGGCGCUGAACGUGCGGCUGCACCAACUGCAUGAGCAGGAGUCGCAGACCUCGCCGGAGCAGGUGCGGAAGAUGCGGCGGGAGCUAAACGCGCUCGUCGCGAAGCUCGACGGCGACGUCGCACGCGUGGCGUCGCUGCGGGCGGAGCUGGCGCAGGCAACAGAGAAGUAUCAGGCCAACCGGUCCGCGUGCGAGGCGGCGGUGUCGGCGUGCGAGACGGCGCUGGAGAAGGCGGAAAAGUCUCGCAUCGCCCACCACGCGGACGUCGUGGCGUUGGAGAAGGCGGUGGACGAGGCCGGCGGUGCUCGAUUUGCCGAGGUGAACGCGGCGCUGGCGAUGCAGCAGGAACGGGUCGAGGCGGAGGAGGGCAGCCUGCGCGCCUGCCGUCGUCUCGCCCAGAAGCACCGCGCCACCCAGGAGCGGAAGCGCACCGACCUCGUCGAGUACGAGAAGCAGCUGAAGAAGUUGGACGAGGAGAUGCAGGACAACGUGAAGGAGAACGUAAAGGAGUGCGUGGAGGCGCUGGAGGUGCUGGUGAAGGAGCUGAACGGGGCAGAGGCGCAGCUGGCGAACGCGCAGGCAGCCGCCGAGGACGCACGGGCCGCCAUUCCUCUCAUCAACGGCGCCGCCCUGAACGCGCAGAAGAGGCUGGACGACGAGCAGCGCUACCGCCAAACCGAAGCUGCGAAGAUCGCCGAUGCGUUGCAGGAACUCUCGAAGUUCCAGCAGAAGAUUGAGGGCUGCGAGGAAAAGAUACGCGAGAAUGCGGAGUUGUACGGCGUAGAGACGCUGCAGCUCAGCGGCGACGCGGGGGAGGGCGGCGACGACGGUAAGAGCAGUAGGAAGGACGAUGACGAGGAAGACGAGAAAGAGGAGACGGCAUCGGAAGAAGAGGCAGAGGUGGAGGAGGAGAAUCAAACGAGCAGGGAAGUCAGCAGCCGUAAGCGGGUCCGAGCCCACGCGCGUUGUCGCGGCAGUGACCGUCAGCGCCCCUCACAGCAAUCGACAGCGUCCCUCUCCUCCUCCUCUCCUACCGCACGAGCUGCAAAGCGCCCGCACAUCGAGGUGCGCCAUAUGACCUUUCGCCUCUCCCCAGCCGAACUGGACGGCUGUGACUACGACCGGUCGGUGCACCUCGCGAAGGCGCUGAGUGAGGAGACUCGCCGCCUGCACAGCGAGAUCGACUUCCGCGCCGUCGCGCUGUGGCGCGAGCGGGAUCUGGCGCACCGUCAAGCAAAGGCCUACUACGAGGCGAAGAAGGCGGUGUCCGACGAGGCGGAACAGGAGCUGAUGACGCUCAAAGAAACACGUCGAGUGGCGUUCAUGACCGCGUUCGAGCUGAUUCGCACGCGGCUGAAGGAGGUGUACCAGCUGCUGACGCACGGCGGCGACGCGGAUGUGGAGCUGGUCGAUGUGAACGAUCCUUUCGAAGGGAUCAACUUUGUGGUACGCCCGCCGAAGAAGUCGUGGAAGCAGAUAUCGAACCUGUCGGGUGGGGAGAAGACCCUCGCCAGUCUGGCGCUCAUCUUCGCCCUGCACUACAUCAAGCCAACGCCCAUCUACGUCAUGGACGAGAUCGACGCGGCGCUCGACUUCCGCAACGUGUCCAUUGUGGCGAACUACGUCCUCCGCCAGGCGCGCGGGGCGCAGUUCAUCAUCAUCUCCCUGCGGAACCACAUGUUCGAGGAGGCCCACCAGCUUGUCGGGGUGUGCAAGGUGAACGACACGACCGCCACACUGGUGCUCAUGCCGCGCAGCUUUCGCCGGUUAAUAGCUGCGCAGUUGACGAUGGCCGCGGCGGAGCGCCAGCAACAGCGCAGUGCGCGACGCGGCAGUCGCCGGCUCGAGGUCGACCGCAGCGACGGCAACGGAAAUACGAACGACACACAAUUCCAUGGUGAGGGCGGCGCGAACGCGUUGGAUGCUAACAAGGACAGCGAUGCGGCUCGGUUGCCUGGGCCAUCCUCUUCGCCUGGCACGGCCCGUCUGGGCGAGAAUCGCAGCUCGCGUUCGUCGGGGUUCGAUCAGCCACGAACGCCCUCCAGCGGAGCGCGGCCGACCGUUGGCGACGCCUCCCCCCUGUCCACACCCGCCUCAUGCGGGCGGCCCUCCAGCGGCUCCGACGGCAUCGCCGGCUCGCGUAAAAGCGUUCACUUUCACGCACCGUACGAUGAGGAUGACGGUGAAGCCGACAAGGACGAUACGGUAGCGACCGGCGAAGCGUGA